CAAUGACUGCGGUGCUGAUCAGCCAGCCACUAGCUAAUUUACAACAGAAGAACGGAAUUUACAGUUACUUCUGAAGCCUUUAAAUUUUCCCGUUCAGCCAUCUGUUCUUAAAGAUUUCCUUUUAGGGUUUGCAGGUUGCAGAGAACAGAAAGAUAAUUGUAGAGAUGUACAAGCUAAUCUGGCCGGUGUUGCUGCAACUCUUUAUAUUUGUUCAGGCAAAUGGCGCCUCCUGCCCGACGGAUUUCAAUUAUGUCACUCAAAUGAAAUGGGACAAAUCCUCCUGUCAAUCUGCGGAUCCAGUGAAGGACAAUUGCUGCCAGACGCUGCUAAGUUUAUUCGGUGUAGGGUUAGCUCAGUAUCUCAAAGAUUCAUCAAAUUUCGAAUUCCCCGACUACUCCUCAGCAAAUGCCUGUGUAAAUUCAUUCCAGAGCCAAGUUGCUUCAGCAUCCGUUUCCCCUGCCUUGGUCUCGCAGUGCUUAAAUGACACUUCCUUGUUUGUUUCCAGCCCUAAUCUUUGCAGCGGCAUACAGACUAAAAAGAACUGGCUUGAUCUUCUCGGAACGACUUCAAUCGACACGGCCUGCAAAGGGGAUCUGCUCAAAUUGUCCUCCUGUAAUCUCUGCAAGGAGAGCGCGCAGAAAGUCGUGAGUACUCUGGUAGGGUUUAGUAAAAAUGUAACGGCACAGACGAGUCUCAAAUGCUUCUAUUUCGCCGUUGUUUAUGCCUCGGGUUUGGUGAAUGAGUACGGGCCGAAGAAUGAGACCACGGCCUCUUGCACCUUUGGCUUGCCGUUACAGGUCGCGGGUUCGAGUAACCAUGGGCGCCUGGUUUUGAUCUAUACGGCCGUAGGUUCCGCUGGGGUUUUUCUUGGAAUUUGCGGGGGUUUGGCGGUCUAUUUUCUCCGGGAGAAGAGGAACAGGGAGGCUGUGCACAGGCGGUUUAUAAGGCGCAACCGGACCCUUUUAAAGGCCACCGUGAGGCCCAAUACGGGAGCAAUCUGGUUCAAAAUUGAUGAAAUUAAGGCCGCCACGGAUAAUUUCAGCCGGAGAAACCUCAUCGGCCAGGGCGGAUUCGGCACUGUGUAUAAGGGAACCCUUCCCGACGGUCAGAUCAUUGCCGUGAAGAGAAUUCAAAACUGCUCUGCUGAAGGAGACGCGGAUUUCGCAAAUGAAGUGGAGAUUAUCAACAAUAUAAAGCACAGAAAUCUGGUGGUUUUGAGAGGUUGCUGUGUAGCCAGUGAUGACGUGGUAGGGCACCAGAGGUUUCUGAUCUACGAUUUCAUGCCGAAUGGCAGCUUAGAUGACCAUGUAUUUGGGAGAGAUUCCAAGGCACCGCUGACAUGGCCGCAGAGGAAGAAUAUUGUGCUCGGGACGGCCAAGGGUUUGGCUUAUUUGCACUAUGGCGUUCAGCCUGCAAUUUUUCACAGAGACAUUAAGGCCACCAAUAUUCUGCUGGAUGCUGAUUUGAAUGCUUAUGUGUCUGAUUUUGGACUGGCGAGACUGAGCGUCGAAGGGGAAUCACAUCUGACCACACGUGUGGCGGGCACCCAUGGCUACCUGGCUCCUGAGUAUGCGCUUUACGGGCAGUUGACGGAAAAGAGUGAUGUUUAUAGCUUCGGGGUUGUUCUGUUGGAGAUAAUGAGCGGCAGAAGGGCUCUGGAUACUUCUGUGGAGAAUGCUUCUGAUUAUCUCGUGACAGACUGGGCGUGGAAUCUUGUGAAAGCGGGCAAAGCAAUUAAAGUUGUGGACCAGGAGAUGAGGGAAUCUGGGCCUGCAAGUAUCAUGGAAAGAUUUGUUCUUGUGGGAAUUAUGUGUGCGCAUGUUAUGGUGGCUUUCAGGCCUACCAUUGUUGAGGUUCUUAAGAUAUUGGAAGGGGAUAUUGAGAUUCCUGAAAUUCUAGACAGGCCUUUGCCCCUCACGCAUCAGUCUGUUGAGUAUGGGGAUAGUUCGUUUAGGAUUUCUGUUGAUUAUAGUGCUCACCAAUAGACGACGGUUUCAGCUUCUUUUUCAGUUGGAACAGAUUUUCCAUGGAAGGGCGAGAUUUUCAUGGCGCCCUUCUGUGGGUCCACUGUAAAUGACAACCACACCUCAUUUUUUAGAAUAACAAUUUGUAACAUGUGCUGCAGCUUGUAUUCUGGAAUGACAUAUCCUGAACAAGACUCAUAAAUUGUUUGAAACGAUGAAAAUGAUGAACAACAUAACCUGAGAUUUUCAUUUGAUUAAAUUUGACUGACACCCAUGUCUGUUUAGCAGUGAUUC